GCUGAAAUAGAAAAGUUUAAAAAAUGGAAUUUCUUAAAAGGAAACAUUUUUCAUUGUGGAUUACGACGACAUUUAUAAUCAUCGUGGCCGGUAUUGCGGCAAAUGUGAGCACAGUUCAUGGUCUGCAGGGUGUACCAACAUGGAUCUCCCUCGGCAUCAAAUCACCAUUCAUUGAAUUUCGCAAUGAAUUUGAAGUGUUGGCGAACAACAGCAUAGCCUUGAACAUUACCAAAGAUGAACAGGCGUUAAUGCAUCAAGAGGGUCUGCGGAAGUUGGGUACUUUCAUUAAACCCGUCGAUCUCAGAGAUUCCGAAACGGGUUUUGUCAAAGCAAAUCUUACAAAGAAAAUAGCCACACCGAUGCCACAGCAGAGAACACAAAAUCAACGGCGAUUACAUCCCAUCCAAGAGGAAAUGGAUCAAAAACAAAUUAUCCUACUCGAUGAGGAUACCGAUGAAAAUGGUUUACCCGCCAGUCUAACAGAUGAAGAUCGCAAAUUUAUUGUGCCGAUGGCAUUGAAAAAUUCCCAACCAGAUCCGCGCUAUGCACAAUCAAUGGCACGAAGUUCAGCGCUGUCACCGCCCACAGUUCGGACAAGCACCACAACAACAACGAGAAAACCUACCACACCAGCAACACCGGAAUUCGCCUCGAAUAUUGAAGACCUCAAGAAACAUAUAUUGUUCCUGCAAAAUCUUACCAAACAUGAUAGCAAUUUUCAAUCGAAAUUUGUGGUCUUUCCUAGUCUGCAAAAGGAUAAACAGGGUAAGCCGAUAACAACGACCAGUACAACGACAACAACCGUGUCGCCAAAAGUACCAUUUCGUCCAAUAUAUCAGUAUUCCGCACCAGUAUUACCGCCCACUAGAAAAUCAUCAAUAAAUAUAAAUAGUAAAAUUCCGCAUUCGCCACCCUUUGGCGGUUACUAUCACAACGAUGAUGACGAGGAGUCCUUGUCGGCUUUCCUGCAACCGGUGAAUAAUAGUCCGAAGGAUAAAAUUGCCAUUGUACCACAAGUGCUGUUAUUGAAUGAUCAAAAUAAAGAUCGCAGAAUGCCGGCAACACCGACAACGAGCACCACUACAACAACGACGACUACUACAACGACAACUACCACCACAACAAGAAAGCCGACAAAACCCACCAAAUUACCACCCUGUGUCCGUAAUCCCGAGGCACCCAAAUGUGUUCGCCUACGCAAACGUGAAGAGCUUCAACGGCAGAGAGAUCGUGAGCAAUUGUUGCGGGAACAGGAAAAAUAUUGGCCACGUUAUGAACCCUAUCGCCAGACAAUUAACAACACCAAGCGCUUCGCGGUGUCCAUUGAAAUUCCCGAUUCGAUAAAAGCCUAUUUAAAUGAAUCGAAAGCUGCAAAAAAUGCCAAUGGUGAUGGCGGUAAUGCAGAGGAAAAUUUACAAAUCCUCUCGAGGUUUGUUAGAUCGACCCACAAGAGACGUAAUAUUGGUGGUGGUCUGCAAGGCCGUUCUCAGGGUAGUAAUGAUAAAUUUGCCUCCAAAUACGGUUCGAGUGCUUUUUUAGAACGAGAUUCAAUGGCUUCAGCAACGGCAGGCGGAGGCGGUAGAGAUUUUGUAAUUCCAAAUGCCGAACAAAUGGGUAUGAUGACUGCCAAUGCAACAACCCCCAGUCCCACGGUACCACCAUACUCGGAGCCAUUGGAUUUAAAUCCUGAUAAUUGUUAUUUGGUUGAUGGCAUGAGUUAUGGCCAGAAGAAACAAUGUGUGCUGCAUACGAGUGUUAUGCCGGCCAUCAGUCGUGGUGCAAGGGCAACAAUUCAGGAAUGUCAAUUUCAAUUUAAAAAUCGCCGCUGGAAUUGUACAACAACAGAGGAUAAUACGGUGUUUGGUCCCAUGACCGGUUUGGGUUCACCGGAAAUGGCUUUCAUACACGCCUUGGCCGCUGCCACUGUCACCAGUUUCAUAGCACGUGCCUGCCGUGAUGGUCAAUUGGCAUCGUGUGGCUGCUCCAGCGGCUCCCGACCCAAACAAUUGCAUGACGAUUGGAAUUGGGGUGGCUGUGGUGAUAAUCUGGAAUAUGCCUACAAAUUUGCCACCGACUUUAUUGAUAUACGAGAAAAGGAAACCAGACGUGGCACACGUGGUGUUGGCAAUCCAGAGAAACGUGGAGGUGGCGGCGGUGGUGGUCGAGGACAACGUAUGCAUCAACGAAGACAGCAACAGCUUUUGCAACAACAGCUAAAACAACAGCAGCAGCAACAACAACAAAUGCUGGCAGAUGAUGCUUCAGUUUCUAUAACCUCUUCAGUUAGAAGUGAUACCAAGGCAACGAUAUCCAGGCAAAAUAAUAAAGCUCAAACAACAAACAAUGGCAGUAAUAGAACAGCAACAGAAUCAACGCAAUCAUUGUCUGGUUCUCAGUCUUCGGCAUCAUCAUCCUCGUCGUCAUCAGCAUCAUCUGUGUCCUCCAUAAGUGACUCGCAAUCUUUGGAAAAUACCAAUAAAACUGUCAACAGCAGCAGCAGCAGCUCCACACAACAGUCAAAUGGCACGGAUGUUAACACUACCACGACACCAUUGCCACCAUCCUCCUCAGCAUCGUCUUCAUCGUCAAGGAAUAUUAGCCCCGGUACAUCCUCAAUGACCUCUUCAAGUAACAAUGCAGCCGGCGUUGAUUCAAGUAACUCCCAAAGUCAAAAUCAAAGACAGACAAAACGACAACAAAUGCGUUCAACAACAACAACGACAACACAGCAGCAACAACAACAAGAUGUAUCAGCAUCUUCCGAAGAAGAAACCACAAAUGUCGGCAAUGGUGGUGGUCUUCGAAUUAAACCGGAAGAUUUAUUAGAAUUACAAGAGCGUAUUACAAAGGAAAUACUCAAUUCCAAAUUACAGGAAAAGGAAAUGCUCGAAUUGCAGGAAAAAAUCAAUCGAGAAAUUUUAAAUUCGAAAGUUUUUAAUAUGGAUGUUGCCACAAAUGGUGGUAGUGGCAGUUCAAGUUUCAACAGCAACAAUAACAACAACAACAACGGUGGCAAACGUAAAAGGAAACGUAAAAAUCAACGUGCUGUCAACGGUAUGCUGGCCGAUGUUGGUGAAGGUGGUCCAUAUGCCAACAGCAAUAGCGCUCCAAUUGGCACAUCAGGUGGCAGUAAUGGCGGCGGCGGUGGUGGCGGUUCUGGCAAAUGGAAAAAUUCGAUUGCAGCCAAAGCAAGAAGUUUAAUGAAUUUGCACAAUAAUGAAGCUGGCAGGAGGGCAGUUAUUAAGAAGACUCGCAUAACAUGUAAAUGUCAUGGCGUUUCCGGUUCAUGUAGUUUGAUAACCUGUUGGCAACAGUUGUCAUCGAUAAGAGAAAUUGGUGAUUAUCUGCGCGAGAAAUACGAAGAAUCCACAGAGGUGAAAUUAAAUAAACGUGGACGUUUACAAGUUAAGGAUCCACAAUUUAAAGUACCCACAGCCCAUGAUUUGGUGUAUUUGGAUGAAAGUCCCGAUUGGUGUCGAAGUAACAAACAGCUACAAUGGCCGGGAACACAUGGCCGUGUUUGUAACAAGACAUCGAAUGGCCUGGAUGGCUGUGGUAUUCUGUGCUGUGGUCGAGGUUAUAAUACCAAAAAUAUUGUGGUGCGGGAACGAUGCAAUUGCAAGUUCCAUUGGUGUUGUCAAGUGAAAUGUGAUGUAUGUGUGAAAGUUAUUGAAGAGCAUACGUGUAAAUAG